GGUCUGUGACAUUGAUACACGGCCUGGGAGGCUGCCAGUCUUGCCCCUGGCGCAGUGGCCGGGACCUGGCCACUGUGCCCGACUGAGCAGGGUCCCCUGCCCGGGGGCAGGUGUUCAGGGAAAUCGGCCCCCUCCCAAUCGCGCAUGGGCGCCAGCUGUGGUGCCUAAAGGGCUGACAGCCCCGGCUGCGAACAGAUGGGGGUGAUGCUUAGCCCUUGCUGCUGGUAUCCAGACUACUACCUAGCCUCCCUGGGGUGUGACGAGAGGAGACAUGUCCCAGGAAAUAACCCAAACGCCCAUCCUGCUCCCUCGCACCGAGGCCCUAGGAUCUGCUGUAAAAGAUGAAAGGAUCAAUUUAUGCCGUUGCAUCAGGGAGUUGAUCCUGUGCGAUGUUUAUACAGAUGAUCCCUACUCAGUACUCUAGGGGAAGGCACAGCCUUCCCCUCGCCCAACACCUCUUUCAGAAGGGCUCUGUGCAGGUGAAUGGGAAUCACAGUAGCCACAAAUUUAAUACUAUUUUUUCCUAGUGCCAGUCCCAAAUCAAGCUCCAAGAAAUAACUCAAAUAUAGUAUUUCAUCCUUUAUUCUCUUCCCCUCUCCCUUGUCCACUCACCAUAUGUCCCUAACCCCUGUUUGCCAGAAGCUGGGAAUGAGCAACAGGGAAUGGAUCGCUUGAUGAUGACCUGUUCUGUUCAUUCCCUCUGGGGCACCUGGCAUUGGCCACUGUUGGAAGACAGGAUACUGGGCUAGAUGGACCUUUGGUCUGACCCAGUAUGGCCGUUCUUGUGUUUAGGCAAUAAAGGACUCUGCAACAUAAUUCAUAUUUCCAGUUUGAAGACUUCCUGCUAACUAAUGUCAGGAGACAGUGAUUGUACCCGAACAAGCCCAUCCGUGGGGUCUCCAUCGGAUAAUGAGUUCCUGCCAGAUCGGCCAAGGUAUGUGUGCUCACUGUCUCCUGAUCUUAUUGCCAAGGCUCGUGAAGAGCUGCAGGAGAAACCUGAAUGGAGGCUUCGUGAUGUGCAAGCCCUCCGAGACAUGGUGUGUAAGGAUUACCCUACUCUGGGCACGUGUCUGGACGAUGCUUUCUUGCUAAGGUUCCUUAGAGCCAGGAAAUUUGAUUAUGACCGAGCGCUACAGCUUCUGGUGAACUAUCACAGCUGCAGGAGGAGCUGGCCUGAGGUCUUCAAUAACUUGAAACCAUCUGCAAUUAAGGCUGUCCUAGCAUCUGGCUUUGUCACUGUGCUGCCUCACUUGGACACUGAGGGACGCCACGUUGUCUGCAUUCGUCCAGACAGAUGGACACCAAGUAAUUAUCCAAUUACUGAGAACAUUCGUGCCAUAUACUUAACAUUAGAAAAACUCAUUCAGUCUGAAGAGACCCAAGUGAAUGGAAUUGUAAUCCUUGCAGACUACAACGGAGUCAGUUUAUCUAAGGCAUCUCAUUUUGGUCCUUUUGUAGCCAAAAAAGUGAUUGGAAUUCUUCAGGAUGGUUUUCCCAUUCGAAUCAAAGCCGUCAAUAUUAUAAAUGAGCCUCGCAUAUUCAAAGGAAUUUUUGCCAUCAUCAAGCCUUUUCUGAAGGAAAAAAUAGCAAACCGGUUUUUUCUUCAUGGCCCUGAUUUGAAUUCUCUUCAUCAAAACCUUCCACAAAGGAUCCUUCCUGAAGAAUAUGGUGGCACAUCAGGGAAGCUGGACGUCGCUGCCUGGAAUGAGUUGCUGCUCGCCUCGGAAGAGGAUUUUUUGCAUGACUUCUCUCAGCUGGUUCUUCCACGUGACAACUCACCAACUGAAGCUGUAAUGAGUGGGGAUGCUGAGGAGAAGCAGAAUGAAGAGCCUCUGCGAGGCAUGAAACCUCAACUCUACUACUGUUAUUAACAAGUCAGUUAAAGGAAGUUUUUCCUUGCACAGUCAGUCUAGAUGCCCUGUCCUGUUCUGAAAGGAGUAAGAACAUAGUGGGGUUAUGAACUCUCCUUACCCCAAACCUCCAGUUUGUGAGUAGAGGCAUUUUACGCUGUGGAACCAAAGCAAGUUAAAGUGGGUGAGAUGGGGGGGGCAAGGCAGAGUUCUCUUUGGAAUCUAGGCAGGUCACACAAUUCCCAAGCCACCUCAAGUGUUAAGGAUUGUUAAUCUCAGUGUGAAAGAUGCGGUCUAGCAAAUUCCUCUUAAUAGUAGUGAGAGAAAAAAUAUCUCAUUAGAGUGAAUCUCAUAAGUGUGUCUCUCAGGGUAAAAGGCAGAAAAGACUUGCUAGUUUGGCAAUCAUCAGAAAACAGCAUCAUCACUGCACCCUGCAAAGUGAAGCUCUGUCAGUGUAGAUUGUCAAAAAUGUCCAAGUCACAGUCCUGGACCUAAUUACCUGGUCCUGUCUGUGUACUAGUAUGUUCCAGGAGUAUCAGAAUGUGUACUGGAGCUUCUCCCUGAUAUUUUGCACACUCUGUGUGUGUAGAAUUCCUAACAGAUUUGCCCUUUGGAUUUGAAAGGAGAAAGUUACCGUAAUUUUGUAAACAUUGUGACUAGUUAUUUCAAAGCAUAGUGUAAAUCAGACACAAAUUCCACUUCCAGAAAAUCGAGCCUUUCAGAUCAUGUAUUGCAUAGCUUUUUUCCAAUAAGAUGCAACUUUGAAUAUUUACAACAAUAUAGACAACCUGAGAAGAAGUGAGGUCAUUCACUCAGAUAUAAUCAGUUGCUCUUUCCUUCAGCUGAUCACUUUGAUGCCCUGCCUUACUUUUCAACUUCCCUAAGUAACUUAAAUAGAAUCUAUGUGGAAAGAUUUUGUAGCAGGUAGCAUCUAUAGAAGGCAAUAUUAAGUAAGAGAAAGCACGGUAGUUCUUGAACUACAUUACUUUGGAUAGAAUUUUGAAUCUGAGUCUUCGUAAACCAAAUGCAGACAGAUAUUUUUAAAGAAUGUUCAGAUUUGUUGUAUUGCAGUUGUUCUCUGUUCAUGUUUGUCCUGAUUUAAGUAACACUGUUGCUAUUUGUCAUCCCCUUGUCUUUGGAUGGUAGCUUCUUUUGUAAAGUGUAGACUUUGGUCAGUUCUGUAGGGCUUAAGCUUAGGUUAUGUGUUCCAGUACUUCAGAUCCUUAGUUCUAAUGUCAAAUGAGGUUAACACGUUCUGCAUCUGUGUAGGCUAUUCCCCAAGUUCAUUCUGUGUCAUGGUAUUGAAUUUUAAAUGAACUCUGAGCACAUUAUCUUUGCACGUCAUGCACUAUAUAAAUAGUGCAAAGGUGAAACCUCAUUACAGCCAGGAAAGCACACUGCGUUAUUUAAAAGGGUUUGUCAGUGGACAAGAACACUGAUUAUAACCAAACACCUCAUCUUUAUAGCACUUUUUAAAUGGCUGGAAUUUCUUUGGGGGGAUAGGGAAGGUAAAUCUUUUUACUGAGUGCCGAGCGGGAAACAGGGACCGGUUAUCUUACUGUAAAUAUGAAAGUAUGGUCUCAAGGAGUUGGACCAUCCUUUUCUCUGAGUGCCAAACUGUGCUUGUUUGAAUGUCUCUUCCUAGAUUACACCAUAGCAUAACUUUGUUGCCAAAAAGAGUUUGGGAAGGAAUAGAUUAGGGAAAUCACAGCUCCCUGACUUGGUAAAAUGCUAGCUCUUUUAUUCAAGCAAUAGAAGCAUGGGAUUGGGUUUUGAAAGGACUAAAAAGUAUAAAGCUUUUUCCAAUUAGCAGUUCAUAGCUCCAGUGGGGACAAGAAGUCCAUAUCCUGUCACUUGAACAGAAAGACUUUAACAGAACACUUUUACUGUUGUGUAGGAUGCUGGCAAGCGUCUAUUGAGAGAGAGAAUAUAGCUUUCUUCUUUCCUUCCCCUUUUUAGGUAUGAAAGAUAAUAGGAGCCUGCCUCUAACAUCAAUGCAUGACAGCCCCUGCCCCUUUCUAUACUAGUCUUAAUUUUCAUGGGGGAAAGCAUUUCAGGUGAGAAAUAGCAUUCCCGUCAUUAACAAUCAGUCAGCCCCCAACUUUUGUGCAGACCUGGCAGAAAUGCAGGGCUGGCUAGUGUCCCUUCAUUUGAGCAAAACUUUCCUCUCAGAUCUACUGUGCAGUGCUUAACCUUCACGUUGCUUGCCGUUAUUGUGGAGAUAAAUCCAGCUCUUCUUCCACCUAGCAAAAUAAGCAGAAUGUGGCAUAGCUUAGGUUGACAAUUAUGGUUUUAAGCAAUCUAACUAAAUUAACUGCCAAAAAUGUGUUGGGGUGUCUUGGAUGGUUUAAGUGAAUGCUGACUAUUAAUUUCCCUCUGUCCAACAUGAAAAAUUAAAAAAAAAAACACUCCAGGAUGCAGCAUUUGUCUUUGAAGUGGGUGCAUGGCAGGCUUUAUUCUUCCUCUUUCCUGGUUGGGUGGUUUCCCCUCUAAGACUACAUCUACACUGCAUGCCCCUUUUGGUGGCAUGUAGCAUACACACACUGCAUUUCUCCCUAGCACUAGUAUAAAAAGCAGCACAGAUGAUAAAGUACUCCUUAGGUGAGUAGAGGAAAGCCAUGCCUAAAGCUGGUGCAUAUGUAUCCUACUUGCCCCCAUAGUGCCUCCCCACUCACUGCUAUUUUUAGCAGCAUAGUGUCCUGCUGCUAGAGUCUUUCCCCAAAGCAGUGAAAGGUUCUGGCACUGAGGAGCCACCAGAGCUCUCCUGCCCCAGAGCCUUUCCUUGGCAUGUGUAGCUACACACCAGUGUGGAUGCUGCCUGCUUUUCACUGUGACAUGUAGCUACCUCUGCCCUGCAUGCCACUAGGGUGCAGUGUAGACAUAGCCUAAGAGGAGCUGCUGUCAACUAGUGAAGAGGGAAAGCUCCAUGUUAGAAAACUUAACUUCCUCCUUAAAAAGGAUUUGUAGGGGGGAAAGUCUCCAGCAACCAGGGCAAUACCUGAUUUUUUCAGUGCUUUUUCACUCUGGCAUGCCUUAAACUAUGGCAACCAAACUAGAUUUCAUUUGUAGCCUCAAACCAAGGUCUUCUUUGGAAGACAAAUUGACAGUUUGUAGUACUUUAUCCUUAAACAAAAUAAGGAUGACCUUCUUUGGUCAUCUUACUUGUAGAUGGAGACUUAAGUUUUCUUCUCAGAACUUUUGUUUUGGAGUUGUUAGACUCUUUGGAAUCUAGCUUUUAAAUUCAUGCUAGCUCUGUCAUCAGUAAUACAGCAUAUGUAAACAAAGCCAGUACAUUAUCCAUUACUAUCAGCUGUAACUUUUCCUAAUUCCCUCAUGGGAGCAGAUGCUUUGCUUGUCUUCCCAGAGAAAGUGUGGACUCUCACAAAAGGAACUAAGCUUAACAUCUAGACACUGUUAGUGCUUUGGGUACCAAAAUAAUAUUUAAAAAAAAAAUUGUAGAAAAGUUGAGCUGUCAAGCCCUUUAAUGACAGGCAGCCCUUGUGUCUCAGAGGUGGAUGGAAUUAUGAAGCUAAAUAGGUAGUGUAGUUGACAACAAGCCCACACUUCUAGUGACUUCUUAUCUUUAAAGUAGAAGGGAAGGAAGAGCAAUGGAGUUAACUCAAAAAAUCCCUUUCAGUAUUAGAAUUAUCUGGCUGUUUCAACUAAACUUUUCUAAAAAUCAGUUCCAUGUGAAGCUAGCUGAGUGAGGACAAUGUUAGAAGUAACAAUUCUGGCUAGGCAUUAACUGAGAGAAAGGUACUCAAACUGCCUUGGGCAACCUUGACUGUCUCAUGGGAAGUAGGACAAAGGUUAAUUGCAUACUGUAAAUAAAAUACUUGAAUUUAUAUGAGGGCAAAUAGGUGUUAUACAUACAGAGGUCUUUUUCAGGGAAUGAGGGUGUUUUGGCACAAGUUUAGUAAUAUACAUGAUUGUUCAAAUGAUUUUGCUUUUUGGUUUAAGUGGACCUAAAGUUGUUAGGUUUAAUAUACAUCUGUUAUUUUGAUAAAAUGUUUAUUUUUAUAUUGCAUUUUAUAAAAUGGAGUGGUCAAUGUAUGUACUUUUAUUAUGCAUGACUGGGUAUUAAACAAUUCUAUCAUAA